CUGGCGUGUGCAUUCAGCUGGCCUGGACCCGCUAAUGGCUUGGCUGGCCUCGCAAAAGCGUGCUCGGGGUCGGCUGUAUUGUACAAGUCCCUCACCUAGUGUGGGUCGGAGCCCUCCCUGCUAGUACGCAGUCACAAUGUCGCGAUGGUUCCCGAACUGGUCGAAGAAGCCUACUAGUAACGAGACUAUCGCGAGCACGACAACGAACCCUUCCGCGAACACUUCCACGACAACAUCCUCAUUAAGAAAGACGUUCCCUGCAGGUAUUAGCUCACUCCAUACUGCAGAAAACAGCGUCGUCGAUAUCGUGUUCGUCCAUGGCCUUACUGGCGACCGUGAGAAGACAUGGACAGCGAAAAAUGCCCCCGCUCCGUGGCCUCAGUCCUUACUACCGUCCAAAGUCCCUAACGCUCGCGUUCUCACAUUUGGAUACGAUGCAUACGUAGUAGACUGGAAAGGUGUGGUGUCGAAGAGUAGGAUCGGGAACCACGCGAUGAAUCUUCUGACUUCCGUCGCAACGUACAGGGAGAAUGAUGAUACGAACGAACGCCCUAUUAUAUUUGUCUGCCAUAGUCUUGGUGGUCUAGUUUGUGAGGAUGCCCUGUCAUUAGCGCAGCAGCGGCCAGAGAAACAUCUUCGAAACAUCCUUAACUACACUCGUGGCAUUGUGUUCCUCGGGACUCCACAUCAUGGCUCUGGCCUUGCACAGUGGGCUGAGAGACUGGCAAAAACAAUUGGAGUGCUUAAGCAAACCAACCCUAAUAUUCUAGAAGUCCUUAAGAGCGACUCAGAGGUUCUAGCGCGGGUUCAAGAUGGGUUCCACACUAUGGUCAGGUCACGAAACUUAGAGCGGCUUCCACCAAUCGAAAUUACUUGCUUCUAUGAAGAACUGCCUUUAGUUGGCAUUGGUACUGUCGUCCCCUCUCAUUCAGCUAUUCUACCGGGCUACAUUCCGAUAGGGAUACGGAGCAACCAUAUGGACAUGACCAAAUUCGCGGACGAGGACGACCCAGGCUUUGUUGCUGUUGCUGGAGAGCUUCGUCGAUGGGUAAAAGAAGUAAUGGCGGUAGGCAAUACCAACCUGCCUGUCGCGCCGUCAAUACAAGAACGUCAGGGACAUGCGCAAGCACUACAGCAGGUACAACAGGACAGAUUGUUCCUUGUGCCAUAUAUGAGUAACCCGGGGUUUGUCGGUCGUUCAGAUAUCCUUAAGAAGGUAGAGAACGCUUUUCGCCCCAGCCUCCAGCAAAAGCAAUCCACGUCUCAAGCGCGAGCCGCACUCUUCGGGCUAGGCGGUAUAGGAAAAACCCAGAUUGCCUUAGGUUACGCGUACUGGUUGAAGGAAGAAUGUCCGGAGGUGUCGAUAUUCUGGGUGCACGCGAGCAACGCAGAACGAUACCACCAAGCGAUUUUCCAGAUCGCAGAGAGCUAUCAAAUCCCGGGCCACAAGGAUCCUAAGGCUGACGUUGUAAGACUCGUCAAAGAAUGGCUUGAGAGAAAGGAUCAACGGCCGUGGCUUAUGAUCAUUGAUAAUGCGGACGACAGUGAGGUUUUCUUUAGCUCUGGCGAGGUUACAGCAAGAGGGGCAGAAGGCCAGGAUGGAUCUGCUGUCCAAGGCAAACUGGGGCACCUCAUUCCCAGAUGCCCACAUGGAGCUAUCCUAGUAACAACACGAAACAAGCAGACUGGUUCCAAGCUCACGGGAGGCCGCAGCAUGAUCAAUGUCGGGCCGAUGAACGAAGAGGAGUCCAUCCAACUAAUCAGCAAGAGGCUCGAAGACAACGGACUCGAUACCAAGCAGACAUCACUCCUUGCGGAUCGUCUGGAUUAUCUGCCCCUUGCAUUAGUUCAGGCUGCGGCCUUUAUCCAAGAAAAUUCAAUGACGGUUCCUAAAUAUAUUAAGCUUCUUGAUCAUGGCGACCACAGCCUCGUGGAGCUUCUGAGCCAGCCGUUCGAAGAAGAGGGGAGAGACUCGAGCGUUCCAAAUGCGGUGACUGCUACAUGGAUUGUUUCCUUCAACCAGAUAGAUCAGCAGUAUCCUUAUGCGGGCAAUCUGCUGUCACUCAUGAGCUUUUUUGAUCGACAAGGAAUCCCAAAACUGUUGCUUACAUACCACCAAGAUAAGGGGCAAAACCAACAAGACUACCAACAAGAACAGCUAGGAGGGCAAGAAGCAGCCGUAGAGCUAGAAAAAGCACUCGGUGUCCUUAAGGCUUUUUCCUUCAUCUCGGAGAGUGAGGUGGAGGAUAAUCUCAAUAUGCACCGGCUGACUCAAUUGGUGAUGCGGAAGUGGCUAAUAUCAGAAGGGAAGGCCCAAAAGUGGGGUGGCAUAGCGUUGUGCAACCUGUCCGCACUUUUCCCCAACGGAGAGCAAGCGAAAUGGACGAUAUGUGCUAUGUAUUUACCACAUGUCUACGCUGUUUUGGAUCAGAAGGGCUCUAUAUCAACAAAAGCAGCUCGAGCUGAAGCAAAGUUACAACACAAGGCAGCACUUUUUAUGCUGCAUCAAGGUCAAUGGAACAAAGCUGAAGAGUUUCAAGUGCAGGCAGUGAAGGGUACAAAAGUAGUGCUCGGGGAGGAGCAUCCUUCCACGCUGACCAGUAUGGCGAAUCUGGCGUCGACGUACAGGAGGGUGCUCGGGGAGGAGCAUCCUUCCACGCUGACCAGUAUGGCGAAUCUGGCGUCGACGUACAGGAAUCAAGGACGAUAGACGGAGGCGGAAGAGCUGUUUGUGCGAGUGAUGGAGACGUUCAAGAGGGUGCUCGGGGAAGAGCAUCCAGACACGCUGACCAGUAUGGCGAAUCUGGCAUUGACUUAGAAAUCCCAAGGUUAUAAAGAGCAGGCUAUAGGUUUAAUGUCUGAGUGUGUGCAAUUCCGGCAACAGAAACUUGGAGCCAAUCACCCAUACACGAUAUUCUCCCUUCAACUAUUGAAAAAUUGGCAAGUUUAAUAAAUAAGAUUUUAGUAGCGCUGCAUG